AGCCACAGCAGCAGCAACACCAGCAGCAACAGCAACAUCAGCAGCAGCAACAGCAGCGGCAGCCGCUCGACCCGGGCCGCGCAGUCGCCACCGCUGAGCAGCCGUCGGAUGUCAUAUCGCGGCUCAGGGCAGUUAUGCGAGAGCUAUUAGUGGAGGGAAAGACACAAGAUGUCCCUUAUCUUGUAAAGUUGCUCAAUGCAAGCCAGACUGUGAUGACAGAAAAACAGAACGUGAUGCCGGCUGUAAAGAUGACCCUCAGCCUUCUAACAGUCGAACUCGCUGUUGCGUUAGUUUGCGUGCAGCCUUCCAGUAUGUGCAGUAGCUUACGGGCAGAGUUGGUCAACCUAUGGGUAUCGUCUUCACCUGGCAUUCAUGCCCACACUAGUGUGAUAUCGCCUAGAAACGUCUACAGAUUAAAACGAUCACACGAUACAAAGGAUUCCUGGGGGAAGUAUGGAGAUCUGGUCAUCUCACUUAUUGAUGAGAAAUUGCUCACCUAUUCCACUGUAGAGUCACAGUGCUUUAAAGUGUGCAAGUUCAACUGGAGUGAGGAUGUCUUGCAUCAGUACAUAGAGUUUGUUCAGCUACUGGUUGACCAUGCCGUGACAAUGGACAAUACUAAUCACCGAUUGGGGAAGCUGGAUGACUGGUUGUCUUCUCUGCCCUCUACCUGAUCCGUUGUGACGUAAGAUCUUGUGGACCUCUAAUGAGGGUUCACUGUGUAGACGAUUGGCUUCAAAGAAAUUUUCUUGAAUAAUUAAAAAAUUGUUAAAAACUGCACCAGUUGCUAUUUAAAGAAGCCAUACCUGUGGUGUACUGAUCACUUCCAAGUGCUGUGAAAGUAACCACUAUGGUCGUUAGUCUAACUGACAGUGUAAGUUUUCCACGUGUGUUAAGAACACAAUUGGAACCAUGGGAACUACUUUCGACUGUCCAGUGCAUGUGGAAUUUAAUCGCAUACUGUUUUCUUUAAAGUGCACCUCGUGUGUUUCUCAUGCACACACAAACUUGAGAGGCUUUAUACUGUUAAAGCCGUGAUAAGCGCAAGUUUACAAUUGUUAGAUUUACAUGUUUCUGAAGGUGCCUGAUGAGUGAUUCACACAAAUCCUUGGCAUUUUAUCUCCUGCUCAAUUGGUUAGUGCCUUAGUGAGCUGUAAAAUAAUCUUCUGUGAGUAGAAGGUGCCUUAUUCAAAAAAAUCAUCAUUAAUUACUCAAUGUAGGUGAUGGUUUGAGAUUUAUGUUUCACGAGCUGAUAGCAAGCGAACCCACGUUGACCUUGUGUGACCUAUUGACCUUUCUUGCACCAGGGACCUUACACGUGCAUGGCGACCUGUGCAUCUGACCUUUAUUGACCAUUUGACCUUGAGUGUGAUGGUGACGUGGCACGAGUAGCGCUGCUAAGCUGAUCGUAUUGGCACUUUUAGUACGUGAUGAUAUUUUACUAAUUUAUUCAAUAAUACUGUGUAAGCAGUAUACGAAGUUACACAGAUGUUAUGACAAUACAGAUGAUAUCGUUCAAUGCCUGCACGUUAAAACGAAACAGGUGAGCAUGCGAAGGAAGGCACAGUUAAUUGUAGAGUGUAACGUUAAUACAUCUUUGGAUGUAGAAACUAUUUUGAUUCUGACCGACUGUUUUUUAUAUAUUGUCCAAUUGAUCCAUGAUAGGGAAUCGAAUAAAUUUAGCCAAAAAAUUAAAAACAUUAAAACCUCGUCUACAUACAGGUGUGAGCCUCUCUGCAGAUGCGCACUCACACUAGCUGCCACUGAAUUUAUAAUGUAAUAAUUAUAUAUAUAUAUAUAUAUAUAUAUAUAUAUAUGGCACGUUUGUUCAGUGUAUGUACAAUGGCAGCAAUACUGUAAGUGACUCUUAUGUAGGGUGAUUUUUUAGGUGAGUUUAAAUAGGAAAGUACAUGGUAGAGUAGUAAACCUGUUUAUGAGCCUAUGCGAUUUUUAACUUUUAACUAACUUUUUUAUUUGAUUUCAUUCCAAGAAUUGUAUUCAUGCAGGUAUUCGCUUGGUAUUACCGCAUGUCACGCAAUGACAGCAUUACAGGUAAUACCAUUAAUUCAGGCGUUGUGGGAAGCAGUAAUUCGCUCCUAACUAUAUUCUGGAGAGAGAAAAAAUUUUAUAGCGUAAAGCUAUAAAUGUUUUCCUGUUCGUUUCAUGUAAUGCAAUUAUGAAUGCUUUACGUUUGCGUUUGUGCAUCACGGUCACCCAGAGUCACGUUGUGCUGUGCGUGCACUGCCACUGGUAUUGCGUUCAACAGCUACCUAGGGUCGUUGUACUGCAGCCGUGUUGUUUGCACCGGAGAUAAUUGCAACAGUUCUCUCUCUCUCUCUCUCU